AUGGCUGACGCCGCAGACCAACACCUUCAACCUGGAACGGUGAUCGCCGACUUCGAGCAGGCCCUGAUUGACUCAGUUCAAGGGCAGUUCCCCGAUGCACGAGUGGUCGGGUGCCUAUUCCAUUGGAAGCAGGCUUUGCGUCGGCGAUUGGUGGGCCUCAGCAUGUCUCGAGUGGAAAUUGGCGUUGCUAUGGAGAUUGGCGUCCUCGACAUGUUGACCGUAGUACCACCGGGCCAAGUUGACCCGUAUGGAAUCGACUACGCCAAGAGGACCAUCCGCCAGCGCUGCGAGCGAAGGGGGCUACACUAUUCCUCGACAAGAUGGACACGCUUCUGGGUCUACUUCCGGCGAACGUGGAUGGUGCGCUUUCCACCGGAUGUGUGGAACGUCCAAGGAAUCGACUUGCGGGUUGUGAGCCGGACGAAUGACCCGCUCGAGAGGUUCAAACGCGAGUUGAACACGGCUAUCACGACCCCGCACCCGAGUCUCCCGUCCUUUGUGGGGACGAUCAACACACUUUUGCAGCGGUACGUUCAGCUUCUGAACUAUAUAACCAACCGCCGGGCAGUGGCCCCAGUUCAAGUCUCAGUGUAG